AACUCUAUGAUCGCCACUUACAAAAAAUUGAACUUGAAUCUGCUGAUUUACUUGGAUCAGCUAUGGAUACUCCUAAAGAAGAAAGUGAUAGCAAGUCUACUAAAUACAGCCAAUCAGCAUGA